GAUGAUCAGUUCUUCCAGAGCAAAACUUGGCUUCAGGGAAGCAUGGCUUGGAAAUGUGUGCGGCCGGCUUGGUAUAAUACUUUGUUCUCCCCUGACAACCGAUUUCUCUUGUCUUCGACGCCAUUACGAACCAAACAUCAGCAUCAUCAAGCUGUGAAGCACAGUUGGACUGGUCUGGGCUUUGUGCUUUUGGACUCGUUCACCACUAACCAACCUUACCAUCCGUCUAUCCAUCCACUCAAGCUUUUUCUUCCGCCGCCAAAUAUUCGCCUACAUGAAAUGAGGACUUGACCUAACCUUCUAAAAAAGGCAAAAAGCCAUCGUAUUCUUGCCUAGUCUUGCGACAUCUUCUAACAAGACGGAAACAACCUUGGCAUAUACAGAACGAAUAUGCGGCUCACAUUUAACCUUGCCCUGCUCAUAGCAGUGGCACAUACCCUACCGAUACCAGUUUUACCGCCGCCACCACCACCACCACAAACCGACACUAUUCCACCUGUUAUAGCACCACCUGUGCUCAGUCCAGCACCACCACCAACAGCUGGCGAGGCUAACCCAGCAGUGAUGCCUGUCGCGGUGCCUCCUGUGACUGGUCCUGUUGCUAACCCUCAAGCUGACCAAGUUAAGACAGCGGUUAUGCCACCAUCCGGCGAGAUGAAGACCGCUGUCAUGCCUCCAGACUAUGCUCCUCCGGUUGACCCCAGCAUAAAGUCUCCAACUAACGAGUCCAAUGCAGCAGCGGUACCGCCGUCAACUAACAAUCAAGCCACCACGACAGUGAAUUCCCCGGCAGGAUCCGUAGUUAAUCCCAAUCCAGGACCUGAAGGUGCCACGACAGGAACAGUUGUUACACCGCCCGCCGCCGGAGCCGGCGCGACCGUAGUGCCAGCGCCAGGAGAUACCACUAACGUUGUUUUAACAGGGGCCCCAGAAGGCUCCAAUCCUCCCGUCCAGUCGCCACCAUUACCACCAUCCCCUCCUUCAGCACCAUCUACACAAUCAACGCCCUCCGAAACCAAACCGACUGAGCCCGAGUCUCCGUCGCCAGCAGCCCUCCCCAACCCAGCCCAACCUGCAGCUGGGACUACCCCGCCAGCCCCGACACCUCCGGCUGAUGCGCCACCCAAUCCUGAUCCCGCUGCUGCUGCCCCUGCCGCCGGAACCACUCCGCCAGCCACGCCCCCUCAGGUCGACACGCAAGUGGCUCCUGUACCUGAUGCUGCGGCCCCGGCAGCGAAUGUGCCAGAAACACCUGCUAGCACAGGGUCUGAGCCAACAAAUGCGGCCAACUCCACUUCUCCUGCUACUGGGGAGUCUAAGCCCGCAGAUGGCAGUCAAGUUCUCCCAUCAGUACCAGCUGCAGACUCAGCACCUGCUGCACCUGCUGCCGUUGAUGCCAGCUCCCAGCCGGCAAACGGCGGAAACUCUACAGCCCGGCCAGACGGACAAGCCUCGACUCCGACUGACUCUGGCACUUCGGAGAAUGGCUCCAAGGAUGGAAAAGAUGAAACCCCAAAGGCUGACGCUGGCUCACCUAACCCACCUGGGCCAAUCUUGAACCCGGAGCCUGGCACUGGUGCUGGCGCGAACACAACCGCACCGGGCCCUGGUGACUCAGCGCUUGGAACGAGUGGACAGCCUCCUGAGGGCAAUGCAUCAAAACCAGAAGCUCCAGCGAACCCAACCGCUCCCACUGCGGCAGAUCCAGCGGCUACCAAGGACGGACAGGAUUCGAGCCACGUAUCUGCUCCACCGGCUGGACAAAACGCAACCACGCCUGCCGGAGAUAGCACUCCACCCGUAGCAGACAAAAAGUCUGACAACGAACCAGCAUCCCCAGCAGGAAAACCCGCAGACAACACUGCCACGGAUAGUUCUGCAUCCACUGCCGACAAAAAGCCGGAUAGCGAGCCUGCAACGAAGUCCCCAACAGAUCAGAAUACGACGACACCUGUCACGGAUAACAGUACCCCAUCUGCCACCGAUAAGAAGCCCGAAAGCGAACCGGCACCCCCGGCAUCGUCCCCAGCAGACCAGAGUGCAACCGCACCUGUCACAGACAGUACUGCAUCUACUGCCGAUAAGAAGUCAGACAGCGACCCUGUACCUGAGCCAGCGUCCACGACUGGUCAAAACGCGACCGCUCCGGCUGGAGAUAGCACCCCAUCUGCAACAGAUAAAAAGCCCGAAAGCGAGCCUGCGCCGGUGUCUCCCACCUCUCCGGACGCCCAGAAUGCAACUGCCCCUAUUACGGACAGUACUUCAUCUGCUACCGAUAAGAAGUCUGACAGUGAAACUGCACCUAUACCGGAUAAAAAGCCAGACAGCGAACCGGCAACCGCGAUCACACCUACCGGAAAUAGCACCACGCCGGAAACAGAGAAAAAGCCCGAUAGCGAUCCUGCACCAUCACCCCCAACCGGCCAAAAUGCGACCGAGCCUGCCGCAGAUAGCACUACAUCUACCGCAGAUAAGAAGCCGGAUGAUGGACCUGCAGCUUCUCCUACGAAUAACAGUGUGAACACGCCUGCCACAAAUAGCACCGAACCUGCAAUAGAUAAAAAGCCAGAUGGUGAGCCUGCGUCAGCUCCCACGACAGGCGAAAACACAACACCCUCUUCAGGGAACAGUACUGUAUCUGCUACAGAUAACAAACCGGAGAGCAAGCCUGGAACCGAAUCGCCGACCGGGCAGAAUGUAACUACAUCUGCGGGGAACAGCACCACAUCUGAAGCAGAGAAGAAACCGGACAGGACACCUGAACCAGCAUCUACGCCGGCUCAAGAUGCGACCAAGCCAGAAGAAAACAGUACAGCAUCUGUAACCGAUAGCAAGUCUGCCGUUAACUCGGACCUCUCUACGGAAAAGAACGGAAAUUCAACAGUCUCGACUGGAAAUACCACAGCGCCAUCGAAUGGAACGGCGCCUGCCGAUUCAAACCCAAAGCCAGCCAAUGUAACAUCGAUCGAAAGCGGAUCCACUAACACAACUUCCGUUCCAGUUCCGGUGGGCGGCGUGAACUCAACGACCACGUCGGCAUCUGGAUCAAAUGCCAAUGCAACUUCAGGAGGGCAAUUGUCUACUUCUGGAGGCAGCAACACGACGAGUACAGAGACUGGCGCAGCAAAUCUGAGUGGAGACACGUCGGGUUCUUCCAAGAACGGAACAGCCACAGCAGGAUCUGAUAAUAAGAAAUCCUUAGACGACAAGAAGGCAGAGGAUGAAAAGAAUGCUGCCGAUAAGAAGAAAGAGGAGGACGAAAAAGACAAGCAGUGUAAAGAAAACAGGAAGUGGCGCAAGAACUGCCGCAGAAAAGGUCGCGGCAAGGGUCACAAGGAGGGCGACAAGAAGGAUGAUGAGAAAGACAGAAAGAAGGGUGACAGAAAGGAUGAUAAGAAGGAGGAUAAAAAGGACAACAAGAAGGACAGCAAGAAAGAUGAAAAGAAGGACAACAAGGAUGAAAAGAAGGGUGAUGACAAGAAACCCGACCCCCAAGCUCCCCCACCCAAGACCGGCGAGGAAUGGACGAUUGUCGACUUCACCCGCGACUGCGGCGCACAGAACGCGACAUGCAAGGUUUCAUUCUCCGUCGACCGCAAGGACGGAUCCAAGCCCGAGGUUUGCAAGUACGAGCAAAAGGGCCCCGAGGGAGCCGUUGCCGAGCAAAAGUGCAGCGACAGCUUCACCGUCGCCUCGCAGUGGAGUGGCCAGUUUGGCCCCGGCGAGGGCUUCUCGACUCUCUCGGUCAUCAUCAAGAACAAGAGUCUGAUUGUGUGGCCCGCAUACAAAGACUCUGAGAUCACGCCCGGAAAAGCUGUGAAACCGGACAAGUCGUACCCGGUGCACAAGCUGCCUUAUUAGACGGACACAGACCCAAGCUAAGUUUUUUGGACUUUUCUUAACGUUUUGGUUUUUUUUUUCUCUUCUUAGUUUUUGGUUUUUAAAGUUUUGUAAUACUUUUAUUUGUGGUGGCUUUGACGCUCUGGAGUAUCAUGGUCCCGUUUUUGUUUUGGUUAUGACGGCGUUAUUGUAGGUUUCUAGCGUACGGUUUGUUCGAUCUUUCACGUUUUAUUCUUGUAUAUACUUUUGUUUUUGACAUUCUAGUAUGAGGCUAGAUUUUCUUGGCUUUCAUCCAAUACCCCAAUAGUUUUCAAAACAGAGCCCGAGGAGUCGUCCUCAUGUUGGGUAGCUUACCAUUCUGAACCAGCCUCAUUUGAACCACUCUCUAAGCUUUAUCUACGCGUUGUUAUCCUAUUAAUAUCAAGCAUUGACGAG